CGUAACGCACAGACGCGCAUGCGCACACAGUCAGCACAGAGACAUCACGCGUGUCAGAUGUCUGAAAUCAGAGUUUAUAAUAUACAUUAAUCAAUAAUCAUGAAGAGCAGGUUUAAUACGGUGGAUAUCAGAGCGGUGAUUGCCGAAAUCAACGCCAACUGUGUCGGGAUGCGGGUCAACAACAUCUAUGACAUCGAUAAUAAAACAUACUUGAUAAGACUGCAGAAGCCGGACACUAAAUCAGUGAUAUUGAUCGAGUCUGGCAUCAGGAUUCACUGCACUGAGUUUGAUUGGCCCAAAAACAUCAUGCCAUCUGGAUUUGCCAUGAAAUGUCGAAAACACCUGAAGUCGAGGCGUCUGGUUCAUGUGAAGCAGUUCGGUGUCGACCGAAUCAUCGACAUCCAGUUCGGAUCAGACGAGGCGGCGUAUCAUCUGAUUCUGGAGCUUUAUGACCGUGGGAACAUAAUUCUGACCGAUCACGAGUUCAUCAUCUUGAAUCUGCUGCGUUUCCGCACCGCUGAAGCUGAAGCUGAAGACGUGAAGAUCGCCGUGAGAGAGAGAUAUCCUGUGGAGAACGCCAGACCUGCAGAACCGCUCAUCAGUCUGGACAGACUCACAGAGAUCUUGUCGAGCGCUCAGAAUGGAGAGCAAGUGAAAAGGAUUCUCAAUCCUCACCUCCCGUAUGGCGGUUCUCUCAUUGAACACUGUCUCAUGGCGCUCGGACUGCCCGGACUCAUGAAAACAGACUGUCAGUUUGAUGUUUCUCUGGCGUGUCCAAAAAUCCUGGAGGCUUUACAGAUGGCUGAAGAUUACAUGGAGAAAACAGCAAACUUCAGUGGAAAGGGCUUCAUCAUACAAAAGAGUGAGAAGAAGCCGAGCAUGUGUGCAGAUGGACCUGAUGAAGAACUGCUCACGUAUGAAGAAUUUCAUCCGUUUCUCUUUUGUCAGCACGCAAAAAGUCCUCAUGUGGAGUUUGAGUCUUUUAAUAAGGCGGUGGAUGAGUUCUUCUCUAAGAUGGAGGGUCAGAAGUUGGACAUGAAAGCGCUCCAGCAGGAGAAACAAGCAUUAAAAAAACUGGAGAACGUCAGACGAGAUCACGAGCAGAGACUCGAGGCUCUUCAUCAGGUUCAGGAAGUGGACCGGUUGAAGGGCGAGCUGGUGGAAAUGAAUCUUCAGAUGGUUGAACGAGCUCUACAGGUGGUGCGAAGUGCGCUGGCCAAUCAGGUGGACUGGACUGAGAUCGCUCAGAUUGUGAAAGAAGCUCAAGCGGCCGGUGACCCCGUCGCCUGCGCCAUUAAAGAACUCAAACUACAGAGCAAUCACAUGACCAUGCUGCUCAAGAACCCGUUUGUCGGCUCAGAGGAAGGUGAGGUUGAUCAGGAGGAUGUGACAUCAUCAGUGGGACUGUCAGAUGCUUUGAAGGGAAAAAAGAAUAAAAAUAAAAAUAAAGGACAGAAGGGAAAGAUUGAGAAGAACAAACCGAUUCUAGUGGACGUCGAUCUGAAUCUUUCUGCUUACGCUAAUGCAAAGAAAUAUUAUGACAACAAGAGAACUGCAGCCAAAAAAGAGCAGAAAACUGUCGAGGCAGCACAAAAGGCCUUUAAAUCUGCUGAGAAAAAGACCAAACAAACACUGAAAGAAGUUCAAACAGUCACCAGCAUUCAGAAAGCCAGGAAGAUCUACUGGUUUGAGAAGUUUCUGUGGUUCAUCAGCUCAGAGAAUUAUUUGAUCAUCGCAGGACGAGACCAGCAGCAGAACGAGCUGAUAGUCAAACGUUACCUGAGAGCAGGAGACGUUUAUGUUCACGCGGAUCUUCACGGAGCCACGAGCUGCGUGAUCAAGAACCCGUCUGGUGAGGCCGUUCCCCCCCGAACGCUAACUGAGGCCGGGACGAUGGCCGUUUGUUACAGCGCCGCGUGGGACGCUAAAGUGAUCACCAGCGCGUGGUGGGUCCAUCACAAUCAGGUUUCUAAAACAGCACCGACAGGAGAAUAUCUGACCACCGGAAGCUUCAUGAUUCGAGGGAAGAAAAACUUUCUGCCGCCGUCAUAUCUGAUUAUGGGCUUCGGGUUUCUCUUCAAGGUGGAUGAUCAGAGUGUCUUUAGACAUCGUGGAGAGAGAAAGAUGAAAACAUUGGAGGAGGAAGAGCAGGACGUGAUAUCCAACACAGAACUACUGGAGGAAGAAGAAGAGCUCAUCGGUGAAGACAGUGGGAACGAGGCUGAGGAAGAGGAUUCCAGCAGAACAGCAGCAGAUGAUCAAGAUGAAACCCACAGUGAGACUGAAGAUCAGAAGAUUGAGGAGGAAGAUGAAGAAGAAACUGCUGAAGAUUCGAGUGCAGAGAUUCACUUCCCUGAUACCAACAUCUCACUGUCACACCUGCAGCACAACAGGACGCUUCAGAGUGACGCCUUCAAACAGGAAGUGUCACAUCAGGCGAACACAGAGUCACACGGCAAAAAACACCUGACAGCCCGACAGAGACGAGACAUGAAGAAGCAGACACACAACAACACGGAUGAUGUGGAGGAAACAGAUGCCAAACAACAGGAAACACAAAGCACAAAUGACGGCGCACACGCGUGUAAGAGCUCAACAGCCAAUCAGCCGCUCAAGAGAGGACAGAAGAACAAACUGAAGAAGAUGAAGGACAAAUAUAAAGACCAGGAUGAAGAAGACCGCCAGAUGAUGAUGAAGUUAUUGGGGUCCGCAGGAUCUAGUAAAGAGGAGAAAGAAAAAAAGAGCAAGAAAGAAAAAAAGAGCGUUGAACGAGUGAAGAAAGUUCAGCAGAAACCUGCGGUGAAACCACGAGAAACCGAACAUACGAGCAGCAUGACAGUCAGAGAACCUGCUGAAGAUCAUGAAGAUCCACACGGAGGAGAUCACGAGAAGGAGACGGAGGACACGGAGAAUCCCGCCGCUGAAGAUGGUGAAAACAUUCUGGACUCUUUGACCGGUGUGCCACACACUGACGAUGUGUUGAUGUUCGCAGUGCCAGUGUGUGCUCCGUACAUGGCGCUGUCCAACUACAAGUUCAAAGUAAAAUUAACUCCUGGGACACAGAAAAAGGGCAAAGCUGCCCGCACAGCUGUGUUGAACUUCAUACGAGGGAAAGAUGUCAGCACACGAGAGAAAGAUUUGUUCCGCAGUGUGAAGGACACGGAUCUGUCCAGAAACAUGCCGGGAAAAGUGAAGGUUUCUGCUCCGAACCUUUUAACAGUCAAGAAGAAGUGAAGCUGUUGAAACUCUGAACACAAUUCUGUUUCAUUUCUAAUGAGAACUUCUGAUCCAGAGAUGCUUAUAAUCGUGUUUUGAAAGACUAAACAUUUCAAAUAAAAGUUAUAUUUUAUAACAGAAUUAAAUGAAACAUGGCUUAA